AUGAAACUGCCCAAGGGGGCCAAGAACUCUGUGUUCUAUGCGCAGCACCCAGAGAAGAAGGUACAGUUGCCCUCAUGGCAGGAGGUUAAGCAGACCCCUACGAUCAUGGCGAUGAUCAGAGGUCCAGGACCUGCCAAGUACCUGCGGCCAUCCUGCACGGGCUACAUAGAUCAUGACAUCUCCAUGUUCCAGGAGCCAGCUUACACCCUGCAUGCCCGGCACUCGGAGAAGCGAAUCACGGAUAUAUGCAGCCCUGGGCCUUCCUAUUUCUUGGAUCCCAAAAUAACUCGGUUUGGAAUGUCCAGCUGCCCGCAGGUCCCCAUGGGGGAGUGCAUCUCCAACCUGCGCCUGAGCCCCACACCAGCCUCCUGCCACUACCACUUUGAGAAGAUCCCCCCACCUGGGGAACGCAGGGCUCCCCAGUAUGCUUUCGGCUACCGGUGCCCAUACAGAGUGAUGGACCCCAAUCCGGCCCCCAACCACUAUCAGCUGCCGCUCAUGCUUGGGCCCAGCAACCCUGUCAACUGGGCUGCCCCCUGCUAUAGUCUGGCCCGUGCGGACAAGAACUGGUUCUACAAGGAGGAUGUGGCAGGAGGCCCUGGCCCUGCCACGCACGCCCGGCCCGAGCCGUCCGUCUACCAGAACCGCAGCCCCAUCUACAGCAUGGCCAGGCGCUUCACCUACCCCCUGGACUGCACGCUCCGGCCUGGCCCUGGCUCGCACGACGUGCAGCAGGUCACUGUGCACAAGCCCCGCACACCCGCCUUCACCAUGGGGGUCAAGCACUCCCCCCACCUGUGCCCGCUGGUCGUUGACAUUCGCGACUGA